AUGCCGCAUUCACCAGCGCACGUACCCGCAGCGCCUGGGUCAGGCAAUCUCCUCGUCCACGGGGACCUUCCUGAGCUGACCCGCCUCUACGGCUACUCGUCCAACACCGUCUGGACAGAACCUCAGUACAAGAUCUGGCGUGAACGACCGGACGACCAGGUCGUGCAACCAAAGGAGGGCGAUGAGCAUGUGCCCGGCAAGGGCGCCGCGAUUGGCUUCCUCGUGAGCCAAGGCUACGCAGUUGUCUGGGGCUCACCGCUAUGCCCCGCAGCCGACUACAAAUCCGUCGCUGAACGUUUUGUGGCGUGGACGCAUAAGCACAAGCUCAAGCCGCUCUUCUGCUGCAUCGACCUCGAGAUGGAAAAGGUGCUCGCUGCAGACCCAUUCAACUACGUCGUCGUCAGCUGUUCCAAGGAAGACUACCUUGACCCGACGGUAGCGCACGACCCGUCCCUUCUCGACAAGCGCGUACGCACCAAGAUCAACAAGGCGGAGCGAGCUGGUCUGGUCAUCUGGGAGGAGAGCGCACACCUGCCUGACCAAAAGUGGCAGGACCAGGCAGAAGAGGGUAUGCAGGCAUGGCAGGCAAACAGAAAGGGUCUGCAGAUCCACGUCACCGACUUGCAGCCCUGGAGAGAUGUAGAGCACCGCCGCUACUUCUACGGACGAGCCAAGCCAGAGGGGAAGCCAGAUGGGGAGGAGAAGCUCGUUGGCAUGGUCGUCCUGACACGAGCGCACGACGGAUGGGUCGUCAAGUGGGCUCUCGAGUUCCCCUACGCCCCCAAGGGUACCAGCGAAGGCAUGAUCAUGCACGUCAUCGAGACGCUAAACAAAGAGGGCCACCACCAGCUCAGCUUCGGCGCCUCUGGUGGCGAGCUCAAGGCCAUCUCUGGCAUCAAGGGCUUGUCGUUCCAGACGCUCUCCAAGACGUACAAUGGCAUUGCCAACGCCUUCCGACUGCACAACAAGAGCGACUUCAGGGCCAAGUUCAACGCUGCGUCCAGCCCACUCUACAUUGCGUAUGCCAAGGACUCGCUCGGGAUGAAGGGCAUCGACGCCAUCUUGACGGCGCUCAAGCAGGAGACGUACGAAGCGCGAGGAGAAGGAGAGGGUGGUGAUCGUUUGCAGACGCCGGCGGCUGGGAUGGACAAGCCAUUUGAGUUCUCGGCGCAGAAGGCUGAGUAG